AUGAUCAGCAAGAGACUCACAGCUGCCAGCCUCAGCCAUCGCAACACCAACCGAUAUUCUGUAACUGCCCUCUACUCGAUGGCUGCAGAGCAGGAUGUCGAGGUAGAAGACGACUUGGCACGCGCUCAGAAGCGUCUCCGAGAGCUCAAAGGUCGCAUUUCGGCACAGUCUAAGAAAAACUUUGUCCUCGAACGAGACGUUCGCUACCUUGACAGCCGUAUCGCCCUCCUCAUUGCCAACCGCAUGGCUUUGGACGAACAGAGCGAAGUCGCGUCCACGCUCGAAGAGACCGAUCCAACAGCUGUCGGCACCUCUCUUGAUGACCGCAAAAUGCAGCAGUACGGCAACCUCUUCUUCCUGCUCCAAUCCGAACCAAGACAUAUCGCUGCACUCUGCCGUCUCGUCAGCUUAGCAGAGAUCGACACGCUGUUACAAACAGUCAUGUUUACCCUCUAUGGUAACCAGUACGAGAGUCGCGAAGAGCAUCUGCUUCUUACCAUGUUCCAGUCCGUCCUCUCAGCCCAAUUCGAGACGGCUACCGAGUUCGGUUCGCUUCUCCGUGCCAAUACACCAGUCUCGCGCAUGAUGACCACCUACACUCGCCGCGGUCCCGGUCAGUCCUACCUCAAGAGCGUCCUCGCCGAGCGAAUCAACAGCCUCAUCGAGCACAAGGACCUCAACUUGGAAGUCAAUCCUUUGAAGGUCUACGAGCAGAUGAUCAACCAGAUCGAGGAAGACACUGGCAGCCUCCCUCCGAAUCUUCCGCGAGGAGUCCCUGCCGAGGUUGCGGCUGAGAAUGCCGACGUACAAGCCAUCAUCGCGCCAAGACUCACCAUGCUCAUGGAGAUCGCCAACAGCUUUCUUCAGACCAUCAUAAACUCGAUCGACGAGGUACCGUACGGUAUUCGAUGGAUUUGCAAGCAGAUUCGUAGUCUCACCAAACGCAAGUAUCCCGACGCUACCGAGUUCGCCAUUUGCUCGCUGAUCGGAGGCUUCUUCUUCCUGCGGUUCAUCAACCCGGCCAUCGUGACUCCACAAGCUUACAUGCUUGUCGAUGGACCUCCUGCCAAACAUCCCCGUCGUACACUCACGCUCAUUGCCAAGAUGCUACAGAAUCUUGCCAACAAGCCGUCGUACGCCAAGGAGCAGUACAUGAUGUCGCUCAAUCCGUUUGUUGAGAACAACAAGACACGUAUGAACGCCUUUCUCAACGCUCUCUGUGACGUUGGCGAUUUUUACGAGACACUCGAGAUGGACCAAUACAUGGCCUUGUCCAAAAAGGAUCUUCAGAUCCAGAUCACCCUCAACGAGCUGUACAACACACACUCGCUUGUGGCGCAGCAUCUCGACAUCCUUGCUCCUAAUGACAAGCACCACCUUCGAAUCCUCAUUGACGAGCUGGGAGGCUCGCCUGGUCAGGUGCCCCGCAAGGAGAACCGCACGCUCGACCUGCCCCUGUUUUCGCGAUGGGAGACACCCAUUCAGGACUUGACGACAGCUUUCAUGUCCGAGAACAACGUGACCCAGAACGACAUCCUGUACAUGGAGACCAAGUCGAUCUUUGUCCAACUCCUGCGCUCCAUUCCCACGCUCGCUGAGAAGCGACCCAUCAACCUGCCGAUGAUCGCCGAGCGCGCUGCUACCACGAAAGAUGCAACGUUGGUACGCAAAGGCAUCAAGGUCAAGGAGAUGCUUCGCGAGCUCGAAGAGCUCAAGAUCGUCGAUCGAAGGGACGGCUAUAGCCUCAUGACCGACGAAGUUGCUACCGAAUUGACGCACCUCGGCAACAUGCGAGAGAAAGUCAUGCAGGAGAUGCGCAGCCUUGAAGCGGUUUACAAAACCAUUUGCGAACACAACAAUUACAUGCGCAGCCAGCUCGACACGUACAAGAGCUAUCUGCAAAACGUACGAAUGACGAGCGGAAGCGCCAAGGACAAGAGCGCCGGUGGUGUCGGUGUCAUUUCGGUCGGUGGCAAGGAGAAGAAACUGCCCAAGACGCAGGCAUUGGGUCCCUAUCGCUUCACGCAUGCACAGAUGGAAAAGGACGGCAUCAUUGUCGAGAGCAAUGUGCCCGAGAACCGACGUGCUAACAUUUUUUUCAACAUCACCUCUCCUUCACCCGGUACCUUUAUCAUUGCUUUGCACUACAAGGGCCGCGAAAAGGCGAUCCUUGAGAUGGACUUGAAGCUCGACGAUCUGCUCGAGAAGCAAAAGGACGAUGUGCAGCUGCUUGAUUUGGAGUACGUGCAGCUCAACGUCUCCAAGAUUCUUCAGUUGCUCAACAAGACUUUCACCAAGCGACGAUGA